AUGGUUAUUCUUCCACAAUGGCCUGCUCUUUUACUCCAGAAACCACAUCCCAAAUCUAAGGCAAAAGAGCAUACUUUGCAUUUAAAUCGUAGACUUAAGCAAUGGAUGGAUGGGAAUAUCAAUGGUCUGCUAGAUGAGGAUCUUGCUAUCCAAAAACGCUUAGUCAGACAAUCUGAGCAGCGGUCAUCUGAUGAUACUGCGCGAGUUUUCGCAAAGUUGAUAAUGCAGGAUAAAGUAAGAGCAGCACUUCGGAUAAUAUCGGAAGACAAUGGAGAAUGUCUGACCUGUGAUAGCUGUGUUGCCCCUGACAAUCCCAAGAUCGUCAGACAAGUCCUGUUAGAGAAGCAUCCACCUAAUAUACCACCUGUUCAAUCGGCGAUACUUAAUGGGGAUUGCAACAUGGAACCACACCCAGUUAUUUUUUAUGGGAUUGACGGAGCGUUGAUACAGAAUACGGCCAUUAAAACAGAAGGAGCCGCAUGGCCAUCUGGUCUUGAUGCAAUGGCCUGGCGACGACUCU